AUGGCGAGUUCUUCCUCAUCGGACGAAAAGGCCAACGGAUAUAAACUUCCUCCGAAGGAUAUCAGAGAUAUUAUUGACGCUCUAGUUGUGCCGACAAUAUCAAUCUCUCCACGCCGAGAUAAAUUGAUCUUUCUCAAUCGAAGUUCUACAGUUCCCUUGAAGGAUGUUGCCAAGCCAAAGAAGAUCCUUGGAAUACCAAUCGAUCCAAGAAAUCACAGCCGAAGUCAGAUAUCAUCUUACACUCGCACAGGGAUCCAGUCGCUCAACGAUAAUGAGUCGGUCAACCCUCCAAGAAACAUGUCAUAUUUCACCGGCAUACGGAUUAAGUCGCUCAAAUUCGAUGAAGGUAGAAAAGAAGAUGUGAAAGAAGUGACAGAACUCCCAAAUCGUGCUAAAAUUUAUUUGGUUAAAUGGUCACCUGAUGGUCAACAUCUGGCAUUCGUUGUAAAGGAAGAAAAUGAUGAUGGUAAAUUAAGACUGUGGUAUGUUAAUGUGGAGAGUGGAGAAGCUAAGCAGUUAUUUCAAUCCCAGCCAGAGAUAUAUGUGAAUGCAGUUUUUGAUGAUUUUGAGUGGCUAAACGAGUCGAAGCUCUUGGUUUGCACUGUCGCGCAAUCGCAGGAGGAACCACCAAAAAGGCCACAGGUUCCCAACCGUCCGACGAUUAAAUCCCACGAGCCAGCAGCCCAUAAAGACUUACUCAAGGAAGUGCCUUCUCUUCCCUCAGCUGGAACCAAUCAAGAUUUACCCCAAGACGAAUACGAUGAGCAAUUAAUAUACUACUACGGCAAAAGUCAACUUGUGGUGGCAUCACUUGAUGGGUCCAACUCUGACAUUGGAGAACCAGGGAUAUACACAGGAAUCAUACCAUCUCCAGACGGAAAGUACAUUUUGAUUGAGUCAAUUUACCAGCCAGAAUCUUCCAGUGAAGUUGAACCCAGUGUAAGAAACCACAAAAAGGUCGAGGUUUGGAAAGAUGAUGGGACAAUUAUAAAAACACUUCGUGAUUUACCUCUAGCUCACGACAUUCCUUUAAAUCCCGACGGUACGCGGAAUGGGAAGCGGCGCAUUCAAUGGAGGAUAGAUAAGCCUUCAACUGUUUGUUGGGUGGAGUCACAGUAUGGUGAGGAUCUACAAGUCCCUCGUGACAUCAUCUACACACAGCGUGCCGAUGCUCCCGAAAACGAGAAGCCAACAAUAUUGUAUAGACUAGACCUUCGCUUCAGUGGGAUUCAAUGGUGUGAUAACAAACUCGCAUUAGUGCAUGAGGCAUCGAAACAAACUCGUCGGACAAGAACCUGGGUUAUCUCUCCUGGGGAAUCCGGGGAAGAAGGAACAACUAUUCCACCACGCUUAUUGUUCGACAGGUCAUAUGAUGAUCCUAAUCCCGGAUCUCCCAUGAUGUGGAGAACUCGGAACGGUAGGCUUGCACUUGCCAAGGUGAAAGGGUCCAGUGGCGAUGACGGUAUUCAUAUUUUGCUCAAGGGAAGAGGUGCUAAAUCUGAAGGGGGCAUCCCAUUUUUGGAUUUGAUUGAAAUCAAUACUAAGAAGACAGAACGACUGUGGGAAGGUGAAGAGGACGAAUUUUAUGAAUAUGUCGUUUGUUUGAUGUGUGAUCAGCACAACAGAGGGGAGUAUUUGUUUGUUAAUCAGCUGGAGAUAAUUACUUGUAAAGAAUCUCUAACCGAGAUAACCCAGUGUUCCAUUGUAAGUUGGCCAGAGAAAAAAACACGUGUGGUUGCAAAUUUUCAGCAUUCACACCCUAAGCUGAAGGCCAUACGAAAGCUGACUAUCAAAUGUCAAAGGAAUGAUGGAAGACGACUCAAUGCAGACCUUUAUCUUCCAAAAAAUGAUUCCUCGGAGGACAAGCCCAAACCUCUUCCGUGUUUGAUUUGGAUAUACCCAGAGGGGGUAAUUGAAGAUGACAAUGAACUCAUCAUUGCUCAUCCAACUCCGGCUGUUGAUUGGCUAGAAUCUCCACAGACUUGGGUCGCUAUGGGGUUCGCUGUUUUGUUGUAUCCAACAAUUCCAAUAUAUGGGACACGUCAUCAAUCGCCAAGCAAUAGCUUUGUGGAGCAACUGUACGCGAGUCUAGACGCUACGGUCAAUGAAGUAGUACGAGAGGGUUGGGUGGAUGGCGACAAAAUUGCUAUUGCUGGUCAUUCCUAUGGAGCAUUCGCGGUUGCAAACCUCAUGGCAUCUGAAAAAUCAAAUACGAUGUUUAGAUGUGGAAUUGCUCUCUCUGGAGCCUAUAAUAGGACACUUACACCGUUUGGAUUUCAGAACGAAAGAAGAAAGCUAUGGCAUGCCAGGGACACCUAUUUUAAUAUCAGUCCAUUUAUAUGGGCUGAUCAAAUUAUGAGGCCGAUCUUGCUUAUUCACGGAAAAGAAGAUGGUAAUGCGAAGACCCCCCCAAUGCAGUCGGAGAGAUUUUACGAGGGAUUAGAAAAACUUGGAAAAACUACUAAACUAGUUAUGCUUCCCAAUGAAGGCCAUACAUAUAUUGCGCGUGACAGUAUAAUGCAUGUACACUGGGAGAUUGCAGAGUGGCUGAGAAAGUAUUGCUUGAUGGUGGAAUAA